AAAAAGUGUACAGAGCGAAUGCGGAGCGCUGAGUACAGGCAGUUGUCGCUAACGUUACCAGGAUUCAUGUUGUUAUUUCUGUGAGACCGACAAACACCUCAUCGCGGAAUACUGAAGCUGUUGUUGUCGUUUUUGAAGCGUAUUUAAAGGUGGCCCUCAGCACCUCGAGCACCACAUCUCUGAAGAAAACCAGAUACAAAGUGAAGAGAUUGUGGUUUGUUUUUUUUCCCCUUGCUCUCACCAAGAGCUGUUUUUCUCACAAUCUCUCGUCCCAUCUGUUGGAGCACUUGUGCCAAGGCUGUUUCAUAAGCGGGAAUUCAUCUCUUGUCUGCGUUACUUUGAGUGACACUUUCUCUCAAGAUAAUUGCUGUCUUUUUUUGGAUAGACAGACAGCCAGUUGAAACUCUGCCCUUUUUAAAACCCCUCAAAGAAGGGCUCACAGCCCACAACUCUUUGGUUUUUCACCUUUUUUGCAGGAGAAGCAAUGAAUUUCUCUCCUUAGUUCUUUCAGCUACCAGCAUAACCAUGAUUCACGCGUGUAUACAUAGUAGUCCCACUUAAACUCAAGUUAUUCCUGUUUCCCCUUUUUAACACCUAAAUAAAAGCUGUUCCAGCCCCUUCUUACUCUAGUAUGAGUUAUGACAACCCUAAAUCAAUGCCCAGCAGCAGCACUCGGGGGCGAGUGGCAAGGGGCGACGAGAAAGACAAUGACCAGGAAGCAGAGUCAGAGGUGUUAAACUCUCUGAAGACAAGCAGCGGUCAGCCCAGCGCCAGUGUCGCCACUCAGGAGCAGGGAAGUGGAAAUGAAGGCGGCUCAUCUCCCAGCGUGGGGUCGGGGUCCGGAGGUUCCCGAGACAGGACGGGACCCAAUUCAGAUGAUAUGGAUGGACUCUCCAGCGGGAACGACUCCGGGGAGAGGGAGAGCGAAGGCGGGAUGGAGAGGGACAAUGGGUCACGUGGGCGCCAGUCUGUACGCAGCUCCCACAGCUCGUCAAAUGGCAAGGACUCUGGCAUGAUGCUGGAAACCACAGAGAGCAACAAGAGCUCCAACUCCCAGAGUCUCUCACCUCCCAGCAGCUCGUUGGCCUACAGCCUGCUGUCCACCAGCUCGGAGCAUGACCCCCCCUCCACCUCCGGCUGCAGCAGCAACCAGUCAGCGAGGGUCCAGACCCAGAAGGACCUGAUGAAGGCCAUCAAGGAGCUGAAGCUCCGCCUACCGAGCGAGCGCAAGACCAAGGGUCACGUCAGCACUCUGAACGCACUCAAAUACGCACUCCAGUGUGUCAAACAAGUCCGAGCCAACAAGGAGUAUUAUCAUCAGUGGAGCGUGGAGGAGUGUCACGGCUGCAGUCUGGACUUGUCUGCCUUCACAAUCGAGGAGCUUGACAACAUCACCUCAGAAUACACCCUCAAAAACACUGACACUUUCUCCAUGGCCGUGUCCUUCUUGUCGGGUAAGGUCGUGUACGUGUCACCCCAGGGCUCGUCCCUGCUGCGCUGCAAGCCAGAGUGUCUCCAGGGGGCGAUGUUCUCCGAGCUCUUGGCCCCGCAGGACGUCAGUACCUUCUACAGCAGCACGGCGCCCUGCCGCCUGCCCAACUGGGCCUCCUGCAUCGGGUCUGCUUCUCCUCCGGUGGACUGCACCCAGGAGAAAUCCAUGUUCUGUCGGAUCAGUGCCGACCGGGCGCACGGCGGCGAGAUGCGCUACUACCCCUUUCGCCUCACACCCUACCAGCUGACCAUCAGAGACUCGGACGAUGCUGAGCCUCAGCCCUGCUGCCUGCUCAUCGCAGAGAGGGUCCACUCUGGAUACGAGGCUCCUCGUAUCCCUCCAGACAAGAGGAUCUUCACCACCAGUCACACUCCCAGCUGCCUCUUCCAGGAAGUCGAUGAACGGGCAGUGCCGCUGUUGGGCUACCUGCCUCAGGACUUGGUGGGAACCCCCACCCUGCUCUACAUCCACCCUGAAGACAGACCCCUAAUGGUGGCCAUACAUGAGAAGAUCUUCCAGUUUGCAGGGCAGCCGUUCGAUUAUACACCCCUGAGGAUGUGCGCCCGCAGCGGGGAAUAUCUGACCAUCGACACCAGCUGGUCCUCCUUUGUCAACCCCUGGAGCCGCAAGGUGGCGUUCAUCGUCGGGCGCCACAAAGUCAGAACGAGCCCUCUGAACGAAGACGUGUUCACGACACCGCAGGGCUGCGAGACGCGCGCCACCACGCCCGACGUCGUCCAGCUGAGCGAGCAGAUCCACCGGCUCCUGGUGCAGCCGGUGCACAGCGGCAGCUCUCAGGGCUACAGCUCGCUCGGGUCCAGUGGCUCGCGAGGCUCCCGGCGUUCACACCAACAGCACCUCAGUGCCUCCGCCGCCUCGUCCAGCGACAGCAACGGCCCCGCCAUGGACGAGGCUGGUGCAGCCGUCGCGUUACACAAACCGAUGACGUUCCAGCAGAUCUGCAAAGACGUCCACAUGGUUAAGACUAACGGACAGCAGGUGUUCAUCGAGUCCCGUAACCGCCCACCGCCUAGGAAAAACACCAGCACAGGCGCAGCGGGCAUCAGAGCCAUCAGCAGCGACCCAAUCAGAGGUUUGAUAGCUGACAUGACGAAGCCACCCAAAGCUCUGGUCCCUGCGCCGCUUGUCCCCAAGGAGCCUCCCACUGGCUACUCCUACCAGCAGAUCAACUGUCUGGACAGCAUCAUAAGGUACUUGGACAGCUGUAACAUUCCCAACACAGUUAAAAGAAAGUGCGGCUCCUACACGGCGUCCUCCACGUCUGAUGACGACAAACAGCAGGAGGCCAGCAACAACCAAGGUGGUUCAGUUAACCUCGUAAGUGAACCACCUCCUCUGCCUCCCCUGACCAUGGCCACAAAGGCAGAGAGUGUAGCCUCAGUCACGUCGCAGUGUAGCUUCAGCAGCACCAUCGUGCAUGUGGGAGACAAGAAGCCACCUGAGUCAGACAUCAUCAUGGAGGAGGCUCCCACAACUCCCACUCUCGCCGCUCCUACAACGACACCAACUCCUCCCACAAGCGGCCCGACGCAUCCCGCUAACACAACUCUCACCUUUCCUCCUCUGCCUCCCCCGCCUCCUCCCCCUCAAGCCACUCAGCCAGAGAGGGACAGUCGGAGAAGUGGAAGUGUAGGAGGUGGAGCAGGAGGAGGAGGAAGUGGAGGAGGCCGUAUGGGUCUCACAAAGGAGGUGCUGUCUGCCCACACCCAGCAGGAGGAGCAGGCGUUCCUUGACCGCUUCAAGGACCUUAGCAAGCUGCGCGUUUUCAAUCAGACGGCGUCCUCGGCCCUGCGCUGUCAGGCCCCGGCUGCCAACCCUCUGUCACGAGGAGUGCGCUGUUCUCGGGAUUACCCCGCCGCAGGAAGCAGCACCGGCCACAGACGUGGUCGUGGCGGUAAGAGACUGAAGCACCAGGAGUCAUCUGACCAGCACAGCUCUCUGGGCCUGAACGGGACCCGGCGGGACCCCAGAACCAGCACUGCUCCCAUGCCGCUCAACAUGCCGCUCAACAUGCCCAUCGGACCCCCGACAAACUCCUCCUCCUGGCCAUCUGUCGGCUCCCAGGCCAGCAUCCCCGCAGCCCCUUUUGCUCCUGGUAUGCUUCCAAUCUACCCUGUUUACCCGCCGCUUGCGCAGCCCCUGACCCCCCAGGAUCCGUUACGUUUCCCCCCUAACCAGAUGGUACCUCCCAUGAUGGCCCUCGUUUUACCGAACUACAUGUUCCCCCAGAUGGCAGCGCCCAUCUCUCAGCCAGGCCCCACCCCCGGACACUUCUACAACCCUAACUUCACAUACCCCGCCGCCGCCCCAGUAGCCGCCCCCACUGUCAUCACCAACCCCAUACCCGCUGCGGCCACCUGCGCCCCGUCUCGUAGCAGCACCCCGCAGUCCUACAGCCAGACACCCGCUGACCGCGAGGGUGCAGAGUCCCCCCUCUUCCAGUCCCGAUGCUCCUCACCUCUCAACCUGCUGCAGCUGGAGGAGUCACCGAGCAACCGGUUAGAGGUCGCAACGGCCCUGGCGUCACAGCAAGCCACGCCGUCGGUGCAGGGCGGUGCGGCAGGGGGACAGAGCUCAGGAAAUCAGGGGAGCUCUGAUGAUACCUCCAAGGAGAAUGGUGAAGCUAAUGAGUCCAACAACGACGCCAUGUCCACCUCCAGUGACUUGCUGGAUAUGUUGCUGCAGGAAGACGCCCGCUCAGGCACCGGCUCAGCCGCCUCCGGCUCAGGCUCCUCGGGCACCAGGUCGUCUGGUUCAGGCUCAGGCUCCAACGGCUGCAGCUCCUCCGGCACCAGCGGCACCAGCAGCAGCCAGGGCAGCCACACCAGCAAGUACUUCGGCAGCAUCGACUCCUCAGAGAACGAUCAUUCCCGCAAACAGCCAGCAGGGGGCAGCAGCAGCGCCGGAGGAGACGGAGGCGAGGAGCAGUUCAUCAAGUGCGUCCUGCAGGAUCCCAUCUGGCUGCUGAUGGCCAACACUGACGACAAGGUCAUGAUGACCUACCAGCUGCCUGUCAGAGACAUGGAGACCGUGCUGCGAGAAGACCGUGAGGCUUUGAGGAACAUGCAGAAACACCAGCCACGCUUCACUGAGGAGCAGAAGAGGGAGCUGAGCCAGGUGCACCCCUGGAUCCGCACAGGACGCCUGCCCCGAGCCAUCAACAUCUCUGGCUGUACAGGCUGUAAGUCUCCCCCCUCCGUGCCCACCGCCGCUCCGUUCGACGUGGAGAUCCACGAGAUGGAGCUGUGCAGCGUGCUGAAAGCUCAGGAGGACGGCGCCAUCAAGGGCAACCUGUGCGAGACGGCCAUGGAUGAAGCUCAGCCAGAGGACGAAGACGAGGAGGUGGAGGAGAAAGAAACCGAAACACACGACAGCAACCAAGACAUGGCGGCGGAGGAGCCGAGCGCUACCUCAGAGGACGUUAAAGAAAAGUCUGUCAUGACACACUAAGCAGGCGGCCAAAGAGACAGAACACUAUGAUACACGACGUUUCUGCGCUGAUGUGCAGACGAUUUGCACCUUCCAGGAACUUCCUGUGCCCGACACAUCCUUACACAGGGUGUUGAAGUGGGACAUUAAAAAGGUGCAAACUGAUCAAGACAACUUCCAUUUGGUGUUUGACAGGUCAGACGGGACACUUGGCCCCGGGCACUGUCCAUGAAGUCUGACUUUGAUGACCAGGCAUGUCGUAUACCUGCAUAUUAAAUGCCUUGGAAACCACCGGACAUGCACACAUGUAGAGGGUGAAUUCACUUUCCUCGUACUUGUAGUUCUCGGCCUAUUUAUUUAAAAGUUGUAAGAUAAUCAGAGCGGAGGAAGGUGAAUGUGUUACACAGAUAAGGCGCCUUGACGCAAAGAUGGAUGUGCUUCACUCGGCGCUCUCCCUGCUGUUCAGGGUCGGGCUGGCGAGGAGAAGAAGGGGUUUAUCCGUGACUUUUCUUCUUGUUGAAUGUUUCACAGGUGGUUUGGGAUCCUGCUCCCACUUAGAUCCUGUUUCUCUCAAAGAUUUCACUUUAUUUUAUGUAAAAAAAAAAAUUGCCCCGUUUAAAAAACAAAAGCAACUUUGACUCCAGACAUAUUUUGUAAACAGUGUGUAUAUUUUUAUACUUUCCCCCACUGCAGAUAGAGGCAGGAUGAAUGCCCACCAGAGUGUCGAUGUGAAAACGAAGAUUGAAAAACAAUCAGUUUCUCGCGACACUAAAAGUUGCUUUAAAUGAGGGAUGUACAGGUGACGGUGGGGCAGCGUGGCAAUCACCGGGAGACGAACCUGGACUUUAAGGUUCCUCCUCAGCCGGGCAUUAGUUUGUGCAUUGGUGUGGCAUCCCCACAGUAAAAUGAUUCUCUCACAAACAUCACAGACAGUAUUUCCCAAACUGCCAGCACCUUAAGGAGCCGAGCGAAAGCUCUGAGGUGGAUUUGAAAGAGGUGGACGUAACUCUCUAAAAAGUCAGGGGAGUUCUGAGAGUGUUGACUAUCUUUAUUUCCUCUCUGUCCCUAUUGCUCUUUCUCUUCCUAUUCUGUGGCACUGUUCUGGUCAUGUGAUAUCCUAUGCUUUAUGGCGUCAGUGGUGUCUGCAACAGUUUCUAAAUAUUUUUGUGAAAUUCUUUGUACAAAAAAAGACAAUAAAAUGACUUGAAAAGCCUUUAAAA